UGAACUUGAGGAGCCAGUCUGAGGCCUAGGCGCAGUCGCAUUGAGCUUCAGCAGCCGGUGAUGGCGGCCGCAGCCGUGGAGUCUGCGGCGGGUCCGGGCCCAUGAGGCGACGACGGAGGCGGGACGGCUUUUACCCAGCGCCUGACUUCCGACACAGGGAAGCUGAGGACAUGGCAGGAGUGUUUGACAUAGACCUGGACCAGCCAGAGGAUGCAGGCUCUGAGGAUGAGCUGGAGGAGGGGGAAGCGCUCAGCUGUUAGAAGUGACAGCUGAAAACUUCUGUCGGGAGUAGCACUGCUGUGACAGCCACCAGGAGUUUUAUUUCGGGAGCAAGGGGGCUCUGCUGCAUCUUCCAGGAGUCAGUUAAAUGAAAGCAUGGACCAUGGGGGAGUUGGACCAUAUGAACUUGGCAUGGAACAUUGUGAGAAGUUUGAAAUCUCAGAAACUAGUGUGAACAGAGGGCCAGAAAAAAUCAGACCAGAAUGUUUUGAGCUACUUCGGGUACUUGGUAAAGGGGGCUAUGGAAAGGUUUUUCAAGUACGAAAAGUAACAGGAGCAAAUACUGGGAAGAUAUUUGCCAUGAAGGUGCUUAAAAAGGCAAUGAUAGUAAGAAAUGCUAAAGAUACAGCUCACACAAAAGCAGAGCGGAAUAUUCUGGAGGAAGUAAAGCAUCCUUUCAUUGUGGAUUUAAUUUAUGCCUUUCAGACCGGUGGAAAACUCUACCUCAUCCUUGAGUAUCUCAGUGGAGGAGAACUAUUUAUGCAGUUAGAAAGAGAGGGAAUAUUCAUGGAAGACACAGCUUGCUUUUACUUGGCUGAAAUCUCCAUGGCUUUGGGGCAUUUACAUCAAAAAGGGAUCAUCUACAGAGACCUGAAGCCGGAGAACAUCAUGCUUAAUCACCAAGGUCAUGUGAAACUAACAGACUUUGGACUAUGCAAAGAAUCUAUUCAUGAUGGAACAGUCACACACACAUUUUGUGGAACAAUAGAAUACAUGGCCCCUGAAAUCUUGAUGAGAAGCGGCCACAACCGUGCUGUGGAUUGGUGGAGUUUGGGAGCAUUAAUGUAUGACAUGCUGACUGGAGCACCUCCAUUCACUGGGGAGAAUAGAAAGAAAACAAUUGACAAAAUCCUCAAAUGUAAACUUAAUUUGCCUCCCUACCUCACACAAGAAGCUCGAGAUCUGCUUAAAAAGCUGCUGAAAAGAAACGCCGCUUCUCGUCUUGGAGCUGGCCCUGGGGAUGCUGGAGAAGUCCAAGCUCAUCCAUUUUUCAGACAUAUUAACUGGGAAGAACUUCUGGCUCGGAAGGUGGAGCCUCCCUUUAAGCCUUUGUUGCAAUCUGAAGAGGAUGUGAGUCAGUUUGAUUCAAAGUUUACACGUCAGACACCUGUUGACAGCCCUGAUGACUCAACUCUCAGUGAAAGUGCCAACCAGGUCUUUCUGGGUUUUACAUAUGUGGCUCCAUCUGUACUUGAAAGUGUGAAAGAAAAGUUUUCUUUUGAACCAAAAAUCCGAUCGCCUCGAAGAUUUAUUGGUAGCCCACGAACGCCUGUCAGCCCAGUCAAAUUCUCUCCUGGGGAUUUCUGGGGACGAGGUGCUUCAGCCAGCACGGCAAAUCCUCAGACUCCUGUGGAAUACCCAAUGGAAACAAGUGGAAUAGAGCAGAUGGAUGUGACAGUGAGCGGGGAAGCAUCAGCGCCACUUCCAAUCCGACAGCCCAACUCCGGGCCAUACAAAAAACAAGCUUUUCCUAUGAUCUCCAAACGGCCAGAGCACCUGCGGAUGAAUCUAUGAUGAAACAGUGCUUUUAUUAAUGCAAAUUCAAAAAGGAAACAAAUCGGGGAAGGGGAUGUGUGAGCAUCCUGCAAGAAUCAAAAUGGCAGUCUCAAAGAGUCGUUACCUGGAAUGCUUUCAAUGGAGGAAAAAAUAAACAAGGAUUUUAAAAAAUCAAUCAAUGGUGCAAAAAAAAUAAUAAACCCACAAAAAACUCAAGCAAAAUAGUAUUGUGGAAUCCACAGACACAUCCACUGACUGGUUCCUAUCCUAGCAACAUCUCAGCGUUAGUAAGGGUUCUCAUGCUGAUGGCUGCAAACUGACAGUAUUAAGGGUAGGGUGUUGCUUCUGAAUCACCGUUGAAGUCUGAUGAUGUCAAAUAAGGGUUAUCCUAAUAGGCAAAAUACAAGAUUGCCUGUAAUACUUGCAACUAAGGACAAAUUAGCAUGCAAGCUUUGUCAAACUUUUUCCAGCAACAUGGAAUCAAAGACAAACUUAUCGAUUGAUGUUUUACGUGCAAACAACCUGAAUCUUUUUUUUAUAUAAAUAUAUAUUUUUCAAAUAGAUUUUUGAUUCAGCUCAUUAUGAAAAACAUCCCAAACUUUAAAAUGCGAAGUUAUUAGUUGGUGUGAAGAAAGCCAGCUUCUGUUCUUCUCUUGAUGAAAUAAAGUGCAAGUGAGUCAUUGUUAACCACAGCUGUGGCUUGUGUGAGGGCUUGGGGUGGACCUGGGGUGGUUUUUAUUUUUUUGUUUUAGUAACCUAGCUGCAAUACUUGUCUGUAAUACUAGGGGGAAAAAGUCUGUUUAAUCAUUUUUACUUGCAGUACUGCUGUGUGUUAGGCAUAAUUGCAAGCCUUAGGACAGGCAGAAGGUUGUAUGAUCUACAUUUUUCAUCCUUGUCCUGGGCCUGCACUACACUGGAAAACAGUAUCACCGCCUGUUCUUACACCAGUAUUUGAGUCAAGCCCGUGGCCGACGAGAACAGAAGAGAGUCAGGCUAAAGUGCAUAAUGAAGGCAGUAAGCAGGAGAGAGAGACCUGCAGGGAAGAGGGUGUUGCCAUGGCCAUCCUCUUUCUAUCUCUUACAGCAUAUUGGUAUGGUUUUAGUUUUACUUUGUACUGUUUUGCUGUUUACCUUCCUUAACAAUAUUAUUCUUUCUUGAAAGUCUAAAAAAGAAAAAAUGGUGUUUUUUCCCUCCUGUACUGGGGCUACAUUUUUUAAUUAUAAAAAUAUUUGAUGGCCUUUUGAUGAAUGUCUUCCAUAGCGAAUAAGAAAACCUAGUGGCUUAAUUUAGGAAACAUGUUAACAAGACACUGUUUUUGAAAUUGUAACAAAGUCAACAUAAGUGAUUUACAGGUACAAAGAAUAAAAAUAAAGGUAACUUUACCUUUCUUAAAUACUUCCUGCCUUAAGGAGCAUUUCCAUGACUAGCUGGUGAAAGGGUUUAAUAUCUGCAGAGCUUUAUAUAAAAUAUACUUCAGUGCAUACUGGUCUAGGUAGAUGGUCACACAGUGAGUCCUGUCAUGCCACUUUGUUGGUCUUUCAUGACUUCAGUCCAAACAACUCACUUGGUAAUAGUUGCAGCCCUCGGGUUUCUUUAUGCAGAUGCUCUUGCUGUGUUCCUCAUAGGAUCCAAGCCAUAAAAUUCUUUAUGCAUGUCCGAAUUAGUCAGGAUUGACCCAGACCUUGCUUAUUCAAAUUGUAAUUGAAAUAACGAUGGGAAGAAAUUUUAACAGUGAGCAAAAAUAGAACCUUGAGAGGCUGGAGAGAUGACUCAGCAGUUAAGAACUCUGGCUACUUUUCCAGAGGUUCUGAGUUCAAUUCCCAGCACCCACGUGGUAGCUUACAUCUAUAAACUGUAAUCUCAUUGGAUCAGAUGCUGUCUUGUAUGCAUACGUGCAGACAAAACAUCUACAUUCAUAAAUAUCUUAAAAAAGAAAAAAAAAAGCCGUGACAGAUGAUUGGAAAUACUGCCCUUCAGUUGUGGCAGUAACUGUCCAUCUUUGGACACAGAAGGUUUUUUUUAAUCAUUUAAAUAAUCACUCCUGAUUCUCUGACUGUAGCAGCAUUUUGAGAACUUCAUAAUUGUAGCAGUAAAUUAGGAGCUGCAAUAAUGAUUAAGAAUGUUCUUCAUUCUUGAGAAUUUGUGGUAUCUUAAAAAAUAGAACCCCCAAAAAACCUAUGGCAAUGCAUUUAGGAAUCAUUUCAGAUUGCAAAUGGCUUGUGCUACUCUGAUAUCUGUUUCUAAAUGUGUUUACUAACUAUAGCGUUGACUGCCUGGCCAAAUUCCAAUAAAACUUUUACACUAAAUGAUUCCUCCUUAGCCCUAGUUGCUAGUAAUAUGUGCACUGUGACCACCCCAUAAACUGUUAAACUGUUCAUAUCAUUACUGCCAGCAAUAGUGGCAAAUAUUGCAAUGUUUUUGUGUAGAACACAUUAAUUGUAUACCUUCUGUCGACUUCCAUCUACACAAAUAUAUAUAGCUUUUCUAUGACAGCAUUAAGUGAAAUUGAUCAUGCUGUGGCAAGUUCAUUGAGAAACUUUCAUAAAUGGAUAUCCCUACUAUGACUGUGAAAACAUGUCAGGUGUCACAUGAGUGUCACAGACAGAAAGCACAUGCCUAUGCAAUAUGGCCUACUCUGUAUUUAUUUGUAUAAACUGAAGCAUAAUUUAAAGUGUAUAUCAAUACUAGUUUGAGUUUCUAAGAGAGGUGUUCAUGCUUGUACCAGGUAAGUGUAUAAAAAAAAGAUUAAGUGCUUUUUCUUUCAUUACUUGAUUAUUUUCUUUAAAAUCAGCUAUUACAGGAUAUUUUUUUAUUUUCUACAUGCUGUUUUUUUUAAUUAAUAUGUACUCACUGAACUGAAAUUUACUAAAUUUGUUUUAUAAGGUUUGUAGUGUUACAGAAAAACUAAAUUGGGAUUUAUAAACCAGCUGUGAUUAACAAUGUAUUAAUUAUUGAACUUGAACCAGACCACUAGGAAAAUUAUGUUAUUUCUUCCACUUGUAUGCUCUUAAAGAACUUUUUCCCCAUACCGUUUUUGAGAGUUUGAGAUUUGAGGAGAGGAUGCAUGUGUGAGACUCCAUGAAUUCAAUAUUCUGUACUAUAGGUGAUAACUAGAAACAAAAUGUAUCUUAGCAUUAAUAUCUUGAGCCUUGAACAUCAUAUUUAAUACAGGACCAUUUUAGAAAUAUCCAGUUAAUUGUAUAUUUCCUAGCUUACAAGGGCUAGAUCUAAGAUUAUUCUCAUGAGAAAUGUUGAAUUUAUGAGGAAUGGAUUUUGAGGCUUUGAAAAUGAAAAUGGUUAGUAUUUCAAAAGAUGUCAGUAUCCAAACUUCUAUGGUUUUGUCCCAGGAGCAGACAUUAGCUAGCUGGACAAACAGUCAUAACAAUAUUUGUCACACAGGGCCUAUGGUUUGUUGCUAAACAAUAUAGUCCUUUUCUCAUGUGAUUCAACACUAUAGCACAAGUAUUAUUUCCCUGGAUUCUCUGAAGGAGCAUCUAAAAGACGGGUUUCUGACAGUGUUUACUCUUUAAACUAUGUUUUCUUCUACCCCAAGUUGGCUUUGCAUCUAUUAAAUAAGUUCUUCAGCUGCCUUAUUAGGAGUUCUAUGAGGGCAACACCUUUUCUGCUUUUCAUCUUGUAUUUAGUUUACUGUGUUAAGAUAUUUGAUUUCAGAUUGAAUGAAUGUAAAUAGAAAUUAAAUGCAAAUUUGAAUGAACAUAAAA